AUGAAACGCAUUGGCCUCGUUGCGGUUCUUCCAGCUGUGACAAGCCAGCAAUGGAUCCAAGCACAUUCAUACAUCGCUCCAGCUGUUGCCCAAGAAUCCGCACGCACCAAACGACGUAUAAUGUUGUCGGCACGUGCGAUUUACGCUCUACUCUACACGCUUUUGAUCGCCGUAGCCAUCGUCAGUGCAGCACCGAAUCGUAUUCUUAUGCGAUUCGGUAAGCGAACGGCUGAUCCUGUGCAAUAUCGCCCAUUCGUGCCGGCCGACUAUUAUCCAGUAGAAUUGCUUGGGUACGUUCCAUGUUUCCCCGUUUAA